AUGCUCAGACAACAUUGUCUGAAUCAAAACCGAAAAUCAUGGCAUGGUUUCGCAGCUUACACUCUUCUGGGUUUCUUGCUUAUCAGCCAAUCAUGGCCGUCGAUAAGAGCUGAAGAAAACGUGGCUAAAUCCCAUACGUGGCAAGAAGCCUUUGAAGUACUUGGAAUAAGCUGGAAUUCUGAUGGCACAUUGAAAAGAGAAAUCCAAAUCCCUAUGGUGGAUGCCACCCCUUCUAUUACUGACCCGAAAAACCCUCCUGUAGCGCUCUCGACCGAUGUACAGCUCAGCUAUAAGAGUAAAGCCUAUGUCCGCCUCUAUAUACCAGUCAACCCCCCAAAAGACACCAAGCUGCCACUCAUUAUCUACUUACAUGGAGGUGAUUUUGUGUUGUUUAGUGCAUCGACUGUCAUUUUUCAUGACUUUUGUAAUGAUAUCGCCUCACAGUUCCCCGCGGUGGUGGUAUCCGUCGAGUACCGGUUGGCCCCCGAAAACCGCCUCCCAGCAGCUUAUGAUGAUGCCAUGAAUGCCAUCUUUUGGAUUAAGAACCAAGCACUAGGUAUUGGGGGACGUGAUCCAUGGCUAGACUACGCUGAUUUUUCGAGAGUUUUUCUAUUGGGCAGUAGUGCUGGUGGGAACAUAGUUUACCAUACGGCCCUACGUGCACUGGAUUUUGAUCUUCGACCAAUAAAAAUUUGUGGAAUUCUAUUAAAUCAACCUUUAUUUGGUGGAGUUCUUAGGACUCCAUCGGAGAUUAGACUUAUGGAGGAUCCUUAUGUUCCUUUGUACGUGUGUGACGUGUUAUGGACAUUGGCAUUGCCACCGUACGCUAAUCGAGAUCAUGAAUUUUGUAACCCCAUAUCUGGUGGAUCUUACCUCGGAAGGGUCCCACGUCUACCGAGGGUCUUUGUAAAAGCUGACGAAGGUGACCCCUUGAUCGACCGAACAACCCAACUAGUACAAUUGUUGAUGAGAUACAGAGUACCCGUGAUCUAUCAAUAUAAUCGAGGUGGGUUUCACGGUAUCGAGCUUCAAAACAAGACUGCUGCUCAAAGUUUGUACGACGAUAUGAAGCGUUUUGUCUACUCUACUAGGGCUACUGAUGAUGAAGAAUCUCAUGAUUCUUACUAA